AUUUUUCUGUAUUUCGUCGAUAACGUGGAUGUGGAAAUAGAAGACUGGAAGGGACGUUCUGGGCUAUUUAGCCUCUUUGGCUUUGUCUAAGACCUUGAGAAGUCAUCUUGAAGGAAUCCCAUUUUAUGUAAAAAAAAUGGCAUACUCCAUUUCAGCACAGAACUUUGUUGCCCUUUCAGAUCUGCAUCCAAAUCUGGCUCGUCCCAGCAUAAUUGGUGUGAUUAUUGGGAAAACAGAUGCCAAAGGCUUUCCAGACAGAAGAAAUAUUGGCUCUGAAAGGUUCACCUUCAGUUUUACCAUUCGAGAUUCACCAACUUACUUUAUAAAUGUACAUUCUUGGGGAAGAGAGGAAUAUAUUAGAUCACUUUCAGAAAGCUUUAGAGUUGGUGACUGUGUUACCAUUGAAAAUCCUUUAGUACAAACAAAGGAGACAGAAAAGGAAGAAAAAUUCAACCCACCAACUCCUAGCUGCUACAAAUUACUGCUCAGUGAGAAUCAUUCAGUGGUCCAAAUUUGUUCUCGUUAUGAAGUGGGCACCCAGCUACUUUCCUUGUUGCAUCUACCUGUGAAAGAUCCUCAAGAUUUUUAUUCACUGGGUGACAUUGUUGCAAAUGGACAAAGCCUUGAUGGAAGAAUCAUUAAUGUGCUUGCAGCAGUAAAGUUCGUUGGGGAGCCCAAGUACUUCAUCACUUCAGACAAAAGAAAAGGUCAGAGGUGUGAAGUCAAACUGUAUGAUGAAACAGAGAUGUCCUUUCCAAUGAUAUGUUGGGAUAAUGAAUCCAUCCAGCUUGCACAGUCUUGGAUGCCACGAGACACAGUCAUAUUUGCAUCAGAUGUGAGAAUAAACUUUGACAAAUUUAGGAACUGCAUGACAGCGACUGUAAUCUCCAAAACAAUUAUUACAGCUAAUCCAGACACGCCAGAAGCAAAUUACAUGUUCAGCUUUGUGAAGGAAACUGCAGAAUUGGGGCUGUUGGAUGAUGAAAUAGAGGAUCAAUCAAAAGAAUCUAUUAAUUUGCAGUCUAUAGUUGACAUUUAUACCGUGGAACAAGUGAAGAUAAAAGCUGUGCAGAAUCAGGGAAAACCUGAACCCAUCUACGGCAUUAUUUAUGCUUAUCUUUCUACCUUGAAUAUUGAUAACAAUGCAUCUAAAAUUAUACGAAACAGAUGCUCAAGGUGCCGCUACGUGGUGAAUGAAACGUCAAACAUAUGUACUUUUUGCAGUGACAGUCCCUCGGACGCCAACUCUGUCUUUACUAGUUUUGAUGUACUGGUUGAUCUUACAGAUCACACAGGCACUCUUUAUUCCUGCAACCUCUCGGACAGUAUAGCUGAAGAAACAUUAGGUUGCACGGUCCAAGAGUUCCUCACCCUUACAGAGGGGCAGAAGACAGCAUUAAAGUGGCACCUUCUUUUGGAACGGAGCAAAAUUUAUUUUAAGGGUUUUUUAUCACCCAGUUCAAGAACCGGAUUGAGGGUGAAUUUACUUUCAUGCAAACUGGCAGAUCCCGUUGAAGCCAGUCAGAACUUCUCUGGAAAAGGAAAAAAAUUACACUGUAUGUCUUUUUAGCAGCU